CUCCCUCCUUGGGAAGUUCCAAGGGGUGACCUCUCCUGCUGCAGGGGCCCAAGUAAUUGUUUGACUUGUGUGCGUGUCAUGCAUUGUGGUCAGUUUGUCCUCUCCAGCAGAGAGGAUCCCAGACACAAUUAGACAGACCAAGAGACAAUCACAGGAGAUGCUCCAGAGACCUUGGGGCCCAGGUUGAUCAAUAAAUGCAAAGCAGGGACCAACUGGACGACCAUUGUGUGGCAGUAGGGGCGAACACGAAAGGACGCUGGCUAUAAAUACCCGCUCCUGCAAGAAUCUUUAUUUGGGCGCAUUACGUCAGCCUGUGUUGUCUGUCUGUCAGAGGCCGAGUGGAUUGACUGUGGUGAAGUUGUCACCCGAGGUGAUAAUGGGAACUUGGUGCUGUUGACGGCCUUUUUGGAGUUGGUUGCAAAUGUUACGUUUUCUACAGCUCUGCUGGCUAUGCCAGCACCAGCGGAGACUCUUACACACGGAAACCAGGAGAUGAACCCACUGUUACAGAAUCCAUUUUCACUCAAUACGUGCAACACUCCAAUGGAUGACAACUACCAGGCCAUGUCAGGGCGAGUAGCCUCCCUGCCCAUGGACAUCAAGCAGACAUCAACGUUGUACCACCACGACGCCAACCUCAUCAACAACAACCUGAUAGAGAGCAGCGUCAUUGAUUCCGCGGAGAGCCAGCUGAGCCAGUUGUCACUGUCGUCCAGCGGAGACAUGAACCAGGCGGGGCUGGGCUUGGACGACAACCAGAACAACAGACGGAGGAGGAAGAAGAAGAGGCGGUCCGCUGUGGGACCCAGCAAAUUUGAAGAUGUCUACCUCGUGACAGACGAAGUACUAGGGACAGGUGCCUAUGCGUCGGUCAUAACCUGCACCCACAUAACUUCAGGGAGGCACUACGCCGUCAAGAUGAUCCAGAAGAGACCGGGGAACAGUCGCUCCAAGGUGUUCCGGGAGGUUGAGACCCUCUACCAUUGCCACGGCCACAAGAGCAUCCUGCAGCUCAUCGAGUUCUUUGAGGAUGACGAGAGGUUCUAUUUGGUGUUUGACAAGAUGGAGGGGGGAGCCCUGUUACAUCACAUCGAGCAGCGCAGGACCUUCACCGAGCAAGAAGCCAGCAUGGUGGUCCGAGACAUCGCCAGUGCUCUCGCUUUCCUUCACAACAAAGGUAUUGCUCACCGUGACCUGAAGCCCGAGAACAUCCUGUGCGAGAGCAAGCACUCCAUCUCCCCAAUUCAGAUCUGUGAUUUCGGCCUGGGCAGCGGCAUCCAUAUGAACAGCAGGUACAACACGCCGCUCACCACCCCAGAGCUGCUCACCCCGGUCGGUUCGGCUGAGUACAUGGCCCCUGAAGUCGUCAACGCCUUCAUUGACGACGACGAGGCCUCGGCCUACGACAAACGGUGCGACUUGUGGAGUCUGGGCGUGAUCCUGUACAUCAUGCUGAGCGGCCGGCCGCCCUUUGUCGGGAACUGCACUGAGGACUGUGGCUGGGACAACGGCGGAGCCUGCCAGGAGUGCGAGGACAUGUUGCUGCACAGCAUCCAGGCAGGCAUCUAUGACUUUGAUGGCGCCGAGUGGGAGAACAUCUCGGAGGACGCCAAGGACCUCAUCUCCAACCUGCUGGUGCGGGACGCCAGCAAGCGCUACUCGGCCGAGCUGGUGCUGGCCCACCCCUGGGUCGGACGGGCCCCAAUGACCCCACUCCACACCCCCUCGGUCAUCAAGCGCAACAACAGCGCCAAGGACCUGUGCCAGUUUGCAGCCGAGGCGGUGCUGUGCAACCGGCUGGUGGCUCAGAAGGAGGAGCGGGAGGAGGAGGAGGAGUCCGAGGCCACGCCCACCAAUGACUGGAACAUGCGCCCUGUGCCCUUCGGGCUCUCGCCCCCCGGGGAGUCGGCCCUCGCCAAGCGCCGGGCGGCGCUCCACAGCUCCAGCAACGGAGGAGGCAUCUGCAUCACUGUCAGCUCUACCGAGCCCUGACUUGUCCCAUCCGCGCCCCUUCCACAUUAUUUAAGAGAUGUACAAUAUCCUUCGUUUGCCAUCCAGUCCGACAAACUUGGCUCACUAAUCACCUCAUCCUUUUUGUAGUGAAACAGCCUCUACUCCUGACUCUUGCAGAUCAAGUCAGCAGCAUCCGAGGAUUCUGGGUCAGGAACGAAUAAGCUAUGGUCCUCACUUGUACUGUCUGUCCUCACAGAGCACAGCAUUUGCCUAUGAGUCAUUUUGUUGGCUCUCAUUCUGUGGUUACUGUCUGUCAGAUUCCUUUACCCGCAGUGCUGCAUUCUUUGUCCAGUGCGA